CAAGCGAACGCUCGUGCGGUGGAGUCGAGCUCGUCCCCACAUCUCUGUCCGUCUCCGUCUCUGUCUCCGUCUCCGUCUCUGGCACCGUCCCCCAUAUAGCCCAGUUCCCAGCUUCGCUAUCCACUGGAAAUAUACAAAAAUAAAUCAACUUAAAACUCAGAGACCAGUCCUAAGACUUUCUGUGCAGUCAAGUGCAACCGAAAAUAGUUUGUUUUUAACUGUCUUUCGGCUGGGCUUUCUGUCCCGCCUCGAGCCAAACAAUUAAGAGGCAAUUUACAUAGGCAAAACCUGUAAAAGGAAAACCGCCAAAAUUGGUUACCUAACGAAAACUUCGUUUGUGCUACGGGAAGGCAACAAAAGCCGCCACGCCAUCUAGAUCCGCAUAUCCCUACAUUCCAAUUCAUUUGCAUCAUCAUCCAUUCUUCAUCGGAUCAAUCGCCUUAAGACAAACGACGACGACAUGGGCUUCAGUUCGCGCAUGGACUGCUGCGGGCAGUUCGUCAAGUACAGUCUUUUCAUAGCCAAUUUUGUCAUAUUCGUGGGUGGCGCCAUUGUCUUCUGCCUGACGCUGUGGACACUGGUGGAUCGGAGUUUUGUCAAUGAGCUCCUGGGCACGAAUCUGUUUUCCGGAGCCGUCUACGUCCUGCUGGUUACAUCGGUCAUCAUUUGUCUGGUCUCGUUCUUGGGCUGUGUAGGCGCCGGCAAAGAGGUCAAAUGCUUGCUCCUAACGUAUUUCAUAAUCGUGGCUCUGGUUUUCGUCACUAUGCUAAUUGGCGGCGUCUUGGGCUAUGUGUUCCGCGAACGGGUGCAGCAGACCAUGCGGCAGGAAAUGCGCUCCACCAUGGCUCUGUAUGGCAGUCGACGUGAGAUUACCCAGGCCUGGGACCUCACCCAGGAGCGGCUGCAGUGCUGCGGCGUGGACACGUGGCACGACUGGAAUCGGUAUGGGCCCGUGCCCGAGUCCUGCUGCCAGGAGCUGUUCGGCGGACAGCGCAAGGAGUGCACCAUCUUCCCAACAAUCACGAACCUGUACAAUCAGGGCUGCCUCUAUGUGACGACCAAUUUCAUUCGUGAUCAUGCAGCGGUCAUUGGUGGCACCUCCAUAGCGGUGGCUAUUCUUAUGAUUUUUGGCAUGAUAUUCUCUUGUCUACUAUUCAAUAUGAUUGAAUAGCGCCAAAGAGAUCGGCGAGGAGUUGCUGCUGCAAGAGCAAGUGCCCCCAGUCCGGAGGAGACCCACUUUUGAAUGUACGAGUAUUCAAAUAGAAUAUCUAUACUAGGAGUAUUAUCCGAGUGUA